GAUAACAAAAAAUGGCGCCUAUUUCGCUAAAAGAUCCAAAUAUACAGACACUUGCCGAAGAGUUAGUGAAAGAGCUGACCAGAUUUAAGAGAUCUUCAAGAAAUUUUACCCUCUCUGUCCAGUUUGUCUUAUCAAACUUUCGGUAUCAUCAGUUUUUGGAUGUCAAUAGCCAAAAAGUGGAAAGAAAUAUUGAUGGUGUUUGCCAGAAGUUGAAAGUUCAUUCUCAGUUGGAGAAGGCAGACAUUUUGCAAGAAUUAUGCGACAAAUUUCUGAACUUGCCUUUAACUACACAGACCCAGGAACUUAUAAAGACUGACGCUCAUUAUUCUCUCAUCCUGCUAUUGUUGACUCUUGCUGAUUCACCUACUAAUGUUGACUAUGAGCCUCCACCAUCUGAACAUUCUUCAGAAGAGGAGUGGUUUGACUGGAAAAGUUAUUUACUUGAUGGAGAAGAAGAAGAAAUUCUUGGCCUGCCUGUUCAGCAUGAUCAGGAUUGGUCGGAUGAAGAGGAUGAGGACUUGGAUUUGACAAGUGAUUCUGGGAUCAGCAUUGUUGAGAGGCAAUUGGCCAAUGAUCAAGAAGAAUCUCAAAGAAGCGUAGAACACAAUGUCAGGGAUAGAGAAGGGAUUAUAAGCCCCGGUGAUGGCGAGGACAGAAGCAGGAUUUCAGAUCACAUAGUUUCUCAAUAUUGGGAGAACAAAUCCAACAAUUUUACCCACACAAAUACAUCAGAAUGGAAUUGUUCCAUAGCAGAGUCAUGGGAUAGUUAUCAAAGUGGACGCAACCCAUUUUAUCACAGCGGCUCAAACAAGACAUUAACAGAGACUCAGAUUGUGAGAGAUACCUUGUGGAUGCUUGCAGGAGCACAAAACACAUUUGUGUACAGACAUGGUCAGUACGGCAGAAUAACUGUCCAGGGCCAUAUCCAAGUUCUUCACCUAACUCCAGAAUCUCUUUCCAGUUUGUUGUCGUCAUUUGCCUUGGCUGGAGAGGAGAGUCUGUCUUUACAGACGUUCAUUUUGUCAUUUGUCGAUCCACAAAGCAAGCCAACACAGACAUUGCAAGCAUUCGUAAAUGCACUGUCUGGGUACUUUAAGGUCAACUUGUUUUUGAAAAUUUUUCUUCAAACUGUUGAGCCCUGCCUUCGGUUUAUUGACGAGUGGGUGACAUCAGGUCACGUUCAUGAUCCAUAUGAUGAGUUUUUUAUCGAAAGAAUACAAUCCAUUGCCAUUGACAAUGAGUCCUUUUGGUCUGAUGGUGUGGUCCUAAGAUGUGCCGAUCAAUCACUUGACACUGUUGUACCUUGUUUUUUGCAAGAUUUUGUUGAUCAGAUAUUCCGUGCUGGAAAGUCUGUGGAGUUAAUUGAAGGCCUUGGAAAGAUUGGUAAACUUCACUCUUUUCGAACAAGAGGGCCUUUGCACCAAGAGUUUUUAGAUAAACUGCUAAGUGCUCUAUCAAAUAAUUCUAAAGCAUCAAAGGAAGUAGAAAAUUCAUCCGGUGAUGAAACAAAUCUCUUGAAAACCAUAACAGAUUCUAACCAAAUCAUGUCAGUUAUAGAAGAUACUGGUGACCAUGUACUGAAGCUCGCAUUUGUGGAAACCGAAGCACCAGUUAACCAGAGAUAUUCCAUGCGAGAAAGCUCUACAGCAGAUAAACUGGACAGGAUUUGUUCAGGGAUUUGCAAGUUGCUCAAACCUGUUGAGCUGCUGUUUUCAGAAUGCCUUACUCCUCUGCUAGAAGAUUGGUGUACACAGGGAAGCUGUUUUGUCGUUCAACUGUUGAAAACAGAUUUUUGUCUUCUGGAUCAUUUAGCAGCUAUGAGGAAUUUCUUUCUCUUGGAGGCUGGUGAUGCAAUGCAUCAAUUUUACAUUGAGAUAUUUGACAAGGCUGGUGGUCAGUUUUUCAAUGAAUGGUGCAUCAAAUAGGAGGCAGUUGGGUGCAUCUCUCCAAGGACUGACUUUGAACUACAGGGCACCAUGGCCAGUCAGUAUCAUAAUUGACAGUUCCUGUCAGAAGCUUUACAAUCUUGUGUUUUUGUUUCUCCUGAAACUGAAACAAGCAAAGUGGAGCCUGGAUGAGCUCAGAUUUGCAGACCUCAGAAGUGACAGACAGCAGAUGAAGACUGAUGACGCUGAUGAUGAGAAUCAAACAGGAGAUGAUGCGCAGAGAACUGGCGAAGGGUUAGGCUCACCACCCCCUGAUCAGAAGUUGCAGCAUAAAAUGUCUGUGUUCAGGUUCAAAUUAAUGCAGUUUAUCAAUUGGAUUCACAACCACUUCAUGACACGAAUCUUACAUUCAACUGUGCUAGAAUUCCAAGAAGCUUUAGAUCAGGCAAAGGAUCUAGACGAUCUUAUCAAGGCUCAUUCUUCUUAUGUUGAGAAACUCUAUGAUCGCUGUUUGCUGAGUCAGAAGGUUGGUUAUCUACGUGAAGUUAUUCUAAAGGUCCUCAAUUUAGUGCUGUUGUUCCAAACAUAUUGGGAUAGGGGCACUGAACUCAUCAAUGAACAGAAAUUCAAGAAAAUUGAAGAGGAAUUUACCAAAUGUAACACGUUUCUUGUUUCAUGUCUGGGAAACAUUGCAAAACGAGGAGCUUUUCCACACUUGGAGUCACUUGCAUUUGCCUUAGGAUCAUCUUGAAGUCUUGCACUUAAGGCUUCAUUAGUUGGUCUGCAUUGAAAUAUCAAGAGUUAUACUCCAACAAAUGGAUGUCUCCACAUGGUGACUGAACAAAUUUAGAGCAAACUCACUUUAUUUCUAGAUGUGGGGAGAUUUGUACAUUAUGGAGUUAAAUUUUUCUCAAGAUUCAUAAGAUGUUUCUGUAAGUUUUAUUGUUCGGCAACAACAACAAUAACAAUGAUCUUUUAAUACUCUUUUCUUUUGGUAUUAUUUCCCUUUUUCUUCUGGCCAACAAUGUAGCCAGUGCUAUUCUAGGCAGGCCAGUCUAUAAAAAACAAUUGCAAACAAAACCAUACAUAAAAAGAAAAAAAAUAAAGUUUUAUAAAUUUUAUGGUA